UCACCGAACAUCAUCCCACUCCAACUCUAACUCUUGUCUCUGUUUUUCUUUUCUUCUUUUUUUAAUUUACUCACUGAUCUUUCUCUCAACUUUCUUGCCUCUCUCUCUCUCUUAUCUGUUCGUUUCGUUUCAAUAUUUUUCCUUUGUUUUCCCGGGACAUUUCCCUUUCUUGUGUAAACUUCUGUGCUAGAAUUUCGCUUUUUAAUCAAAUUUCCUCAUCUGGGUGCAACUGAACUUUUAUCGAUCUUUUUCAGUUCUAUUUUCCCCUGUAAUACAAUGGCGCAAGCAGAGGAGCCUCACCAACAACAGCAGCAUGAGCGCAUGUCUAUGAGCAAUAAUUUCCAUAAAGAUUUGUUGCAAAGUUUCAUGUCUGCGAAUCGUUUCAACCACAAAGUCUCUGAAGAAACGCAAGUAGAAGAUGUUGAGCUAAGCCUUGGACUGUCUUUGAAUGGUAGAUUUGGUGUGGACCCAAGAGCCACGAAGCUCACCAGAUCAUCUUCAAUUCCAGAUUUCAUCAAACCAGCAAAAGAUAAUGGCAGUGCUUUUAUGGUACCUUUGGUAAGUAAAAAUCUUGUAAGGACUUGUUCUCUGCCAACAGAGACAGAUGAGGAGUGGAGGAAGAGGAAGGAGAUGCAGAUGCUUAGGAGAAUGGAAGCUAAAAGGAAACGAUCAGAGAAACAAAGGAUUUUGAAGGCACAGAAGGAUAGAAAUACGGGUUUUGGAAAAGAGAGCUGCGAGGAAGAUGACAGAGAAAAUCACACUAUAAGCAAGAAUCAUUGUCAUCGCCAGAAGCAGUUUGUCAAGAAUAUCAAUGGGUUGUUUGGGGCUGGAGCAGAAGGGCUUUUACCACGAGCGUUAGUGAUAGCACCAUCAUCGCAAGGAUCGAUUGGAUCACUGGGAAGUGGGUCAUCUGGGUCAGAAUCCGAGAGCCAGCCUGUUCAAGGAAUAAAAAAAUGCAGUGAGGCAAGAAGCCCUGUGAGUGUUCAGUCUUUGUCUGAGUGUGAGCAGAAAUUGGUGGUCAGCCCUAAAUCAACAAUGAAUGAAAAAUCGAGUAGACCUGCAGGUGUUGCAAUGCAAAAUAGCAGACCUAGUGAACCAACAGUAAAGAAUGGAGCGAAGGGGAUGGUGAGGAAUUUAAUGGAAGACAUGCCAUGUGUGUCUACAAAGGGAGAUGGCCCCAAUGGAAAAAGAAUAGAAGGUUUUCUCUACAGGUAUAGGAAAGGUGAGGAGGUGAGAAUUGUAUGUGUUUGCCAUGGAAGCUUUCUCUCCCCAGCUGAGUUUGUCAAGCAUGCUGGUGGUGGUGAUGUAGCACAUCCCCUUAAGCACAUAGUGGUUAACCCCAAUCCCCUGUUGUAAUCGUUUCAUGCUUAAGCUUUUUAACAAUGGUAAGGAAAAAGGUUAAUGAAGUUCACUUUUCUACUUUUUCAGUUUCAAGCUUUGUUCCCAGAUAUUACUGUUAUUGAAAAUUUGUCCUGUUGUUGCAAA